UACUACCCGGCUCGCAGUCGCAGUCGAGCGUCGUACGUUGCGCGGUGCGGUCGCGACGCGUUCGCCCGCCUCCGGUGAUCUGUGACUCCCGGUGUCGCGCGCGGCUCUGUCCACACACAUAUACACACGUUCUCGACGUGAACCUGUGUGCCGGCGGCUUCCCCGUGCACGCGUCUUCCCUACGAGAGUGUCAGUGCGAGACGGAGCGAGCGAGCGAGCGAGCGGGAACGAGGGGGGGAGUAACACGCGAGUAGAGGAAAAAGAGAGUGUGCGGGCAGGAAACGCCAAGUGCUUUUUCGCCGCAGUGCCCAAGACGGAUUAAGGACGGCGGCCGCGGAGGCUCCCGAACGGAUCUCGAGAGCCCGACGAUCGGUUCUACGAUCGAUUCCGGGGAUCGCGAGUCGCGAUCAACUUCCGACGGAUCCUAUCGAGGGAAACGGAGGCACUCCACGACGUGCGAAGCUCUAACAGCGCGCGAGAAAUUACGAGGAAAAGUGUCGUGAACGUAACGUCGAACUUAAACGAGAUUCGUAAAGUUUCCGUUGCCAGUUCCGCGUCUAUAAUUAAUAAAUGAGAGAAGUGUACUCGAUAUUCGCGAUAAAGUAACCGCGAUGAAGCUCGUUGUGUUGUGAACAGUGUAACGAGGAGAGGAUCGAUCUAGGGGAACUGUCGUCAAAUGGAGUCUCUUCCGAAUCACGAGGAUGCGCUCGAGCCCACGAAAUGGUGAAAUGAUCGUGUACAUAGUGUAUCGCGGACGCUGCAGCGAUUUCUAAGAAGCAAUUGCCCAGGACUAAGAUGUACCCCGCGCCGGCGAGACAUCCCGCCGCUCCCGGUGGCGGCGGUAGCGGCGGGGCUGCUGGCGGGCUGAAAUUCACGGUGGCGGACACUUGCGAGAGGAUCAAAGAGGAAUUCAAUUUCAUCCAGCAGCAGUACCACUCAUUGAAGCUUGAGUGCGAGAAGUUAGCUAGCGAGAAGACCGAGAUGCAGAGGCACUACGUUAUGUAUUACGAGAUGUCGUACGGCCUCAACGUUGAAAUGCACAAACAGACGGAAAUCGCUAAAAGGUUGAACGCGAUAAUCGGGCAAGUGCUCCCGUUCCUGGCGCAAGAGCAUCAGCAGCAGGUGGCCAACGCCGUGGAGAGGGCGAAGCAAGUCACCAUGUCCGAAUUGAACGCCAUUAUCGGGCAGCAACAGCAGCAAGGUCUCCAGCAGCUAUUACAACAGAUCCAUGCGCAGCAACUGCCCCACGGCGCGGUGGUCGGCGGUCUUCCGCCGGGCGGUCUGCUGGGCUUCGCAGGUGCGGCCGCGGCGGCCGCAGCCGCGGGUGUGCCGCCGCACUUGGCGCCGCCGCCGCAUCCCGCGGCCGCGGCUGCGGUCCAGGCACAGGCGCAAGCGCUGCUGAAGCCCGCCGAUCUGCAGCAGCAUCGCGCGGCCGCGGAGACGCCCGAGGACCGUAAGCCGAUCGCCCUGCCCGACGAGAGGCUCGGCCACCGCUCGGUCUCUCCGCCUGAGAAAUUUCGCAGCCGCACGCCCGACCUCGAGAGCGACUCCAAGAGGCGGAAGGAGGAGAAGCUAGGACACGUGAGUACCAUUACCAGCAUUGACACCAUCCGGCCGGCGUUCUCCCGCGUGAC